AUGCAGUUCUCUAUCGAGGGGAGAGCCUGUAACAGCGAGGUGGGGCUGAGGGCUGGUGAGGUGCUGCUCGUUGAAGUGUCCAGGCCCUUCCUUGAUGCGUGUCUCAUGUCGUGCCCCAUGGGCUCCUUUCAGAACUGCCUCAUCCGAGUGACACCACGGGGCCACGAGGCGCUGGUGACUGACUUUGGGCUGGCCAGGGAGGUGGUGGAGCUGCCUGUGAAGGAUGUGGAGAGGAAGCUGUCUCUGGUGGGCUCUGCUUUCUGGAUGGCUCCUGAGAUGCUGCGAGGAGAGCCCUAUGACCGGAAGGUGGAUGUGUUUUCCUUUGGCAUUGUCCUCUGUGAAAUCCUGGGCAGGAUCCCAGCUGACCCUGAAGUGCUUCCCAGGACUCAGGAUUAUGGCUUGGAUGUUAAUGCCUUCCAAGGGAUGAUCAGUGAGUGCCCCAAGCAGGUGAUGGACCUUGCUGCUAGCUGCUGUCGGGUGGAAGCAUUUAAGAGGCCAUCUUUCUCCGAAAUCCUGGAUGAGCUGGAGGAUGUCGUGGAGAGCCUGGAGCCUAGGAGGGACAAUCAGCUUUCAGGCUGA